AUGAACGUUUCUAGCCUGAUUAGUUGUGAUCAGACUGCUCCCUUCCACGGGUCUGCAACAUCAUAUUUCGAGCAUCAUCAAAGAAUCCGAUCGCCUUCCAUUCCCAAAAGAUCACACGAAGAGAACAGCUCAUCCGCCUCUCCCUACCCUCCUUUUGCAACCCUGCCUCUUUCGCCACCAGAAGAUGACGGGAAGACAACCUUCUCGCUUCCUUCUAUCUCAUCCCUUCUUCAAAGCGUCGACGCUGCUUCUGACACUCACGUUGCCAAACGGCAACGAGCCAACCCCCCUCCUAGCAUUGAUUUAGCUCUGGAGAGACGAGGUGCCUGUGCGGACCAAGCAAUCAGACAAAGGCCAGCCCUUCCACUAACGCCUCCCCUGCGACCAGAGUCGGGAAUGGGCGGUGUAAAUCACUCGCCAUCUGCAUCAUCCCCUCCCCGAACCGCUAUCUCACUACCCAGCCUCAUUGGAAGUUACCCAUCGCCAGUUUCAGAGGCUCCAGAAGGACGACGAAUGUCGCAAAUCUCACGACACUCAAGCAGAACUUCCAUCUCUCAAUCCUCCCAACAUCCAGGGCCGGAAGCCCGCUACCCAUCGCCACCAACUCUCAGCUCUCCUUCCUUCGCCGCUCCUAUUGAACCACCUCCAAAGCCAGAGUACUACUCUUCUGGUGCCCGACCGACCAACUUUCCGCCAGUAACUUUCGCUGUCCUUCCAAGUCAACCAACGCAUCCGCAGAUGGUGGCCUUGGGGAGUCCUGCCUGGCAGCAUCACCACUACUUUCCUCCAUCAAACACAGCAACUUACCCACUCAACCACGACAGAUACAUUUGCCGAAUAUGCCACAAGGCAUUCUCACGGCCGUCAAGCCUGCGAAUUCACUCGCAUAGUCACACAGGCGAGAAGCCGUUUCGAUGCCCCCAUGCCGGCUGCGGGAAGGCAUUCAGCGUGCGAAAUCAGCCCCGCAGCCAGCGCUCGUUAAUUGAAAAACGGAAGGGGUACGCGAUCGGAUUUGACGAAUGGGUUUUGACGAUGAUAACGCCCACAAUACGGAGUACCAACGAGCAAAUCUACACAACUGCAUCGUGUAAGAUCGCGAACGUGGCGGUGAUCAACAUCAAUAGAAGAAUUGCCGAGCUUCGCAAGUCAUUUCGCAACAGACGUUCGAAUGGGACGUUGUCCCCGACGAAGCGCCGCGUCAAAUUGGCAUUUUCCCUGGAUUGCCAAUCUACAUCCUCAUCCAGGCUUGCCCUUUUACCGCAGUCCCUUUGA